CCCGCUCGUGCAGUCGUGCUUCUUCCUCUCGACGAAAUAUCUCGCGAUGGCGCCUGUUAGGAAGCAUCAGAGCUCUAAAGGUGGAAAGAAGAAGAAGCAGGUCCUGAAGUUCACGCUGGACUGCACGCAUCCCGUUGAAGACGGCAUUAUGGAUGCUUCAAACUUUGAGCAGUUCCUACAGGAGCGCAUCAAAGUCAAUGGUAAAGCAGGAAACCUGGGAGGUGGAGUGGUCACCAUUGAAAGAAGCAAGAGCAAAAUCACUGUUUCUUCUGAGGUGCCCUUCUCUAAGAGGUACCUGAAAUACCUUACAAAGAAAUACUUAAAGAAGAACAAUCUCAGAGACUGGUUGCGUGUUGUGGCUAACACUAAAGAAAGCUACGAGCUUCGCUACUUCCAGAUCAACCAGGAUGAGGAAGAAGAGGAAGAUGAAGAUUAAA